UGAGCCCAUCUGCGGGGCUGAAGCCCCCGGGGACGUUAUAAUAGGUAUGAUGCUGCCUUCUCAUCGAAAAGUGACCGGUCUCCAAGAACGGAUUAGACCUGAAAGCUUCCACUGCUCAGACUUUGAUCUGCAGUCAUUUAUGAGAUCCUUGGCUGCAAUCCAUGAAAUUGAGAAGAUAAAUGCAGCUGGCUUCCUCCCAGGAGUGCAUCUCGGAUAUAUGUUGUGUGACACAUGCUCCUCUGCAAGCAAGGCAUUACAGAAUGUGGGACCCAUGCUCGCAGUCAACAGCUCUCUAGAUGUGGAGUGCGACUACACUGACUACAGGCCCAGAGUCAAGAUUAUUUUGGGAGCUGUAUACUCUGAGGUGACCAUUGCUGUGGCCAGACUGCUCAAUGUGUACAUGGUCCCUCUACUGAGCAGCACAUCAUCCUCACCAGAGCUGAGUGAUAAGACACGCUACCCAGUUUUUAUGCGCACUGUUCCUAGUGAUAAGCAUCAGACCAAAGCACUGGCCAAAAUUAUGCAUUACUAUCGCUGGAACUGGGUUGGGGUUGUGUAUGGUGACGACGAAUAUGGCAGAGCAGCUUUCCAGAGCUUCCUUGGGGCUGCUGAGGAAAAUAGUGUAUGUUUGGCCUUCCAAGAGGUGCUGCCUCAUUACCUCGAUCAUUCAGAAAGUAAUCAACGUGUCAAGCAAGUCGCCCAGCAGAUCCGCUCCUCCACUGCCCACGUGGUACUGCUGAUCAUUAGGGAAAAGCUGGUGGAGGCCCUCUUUAAGGAAAUGAUCAGUACCAACACAUCAAGGAUCUGGAUUGCCAGUGAUGCCUGGUCCAGGAGCAUGUCCCUUGCCCAAAUGGCUGACAUCAACAAGGUUGGGGACAUCUUGGGCUUUACUUUUGUUUCACACAAGAGUGAAUCAUUUGAUAAUUAUCUCAAGAAUCUCACAGCAACCCCAGGAGGGUAUAACCUCUUCAUUGAAGAAUACAAGAACCUGAGAUUCAACUGUACCCCAGAAUAGCAAACUGAUGACUAUCUUGUAAAGGCUCUGGAUACCAGUGAAGCCUUCCUUCAAAAAGUAGCUGUGCAGGCUGUAGCACAUGCUCUCAAAAAGCUACUAAAGUGCAACAGUUCUUCAUGCUCGGGAGAAACUGACUUCCAACCAUGGAAGCUUCUUCAAGAACUGAAGAAUGUUAACUUUGAGUAUGACAACCACAAUUUCUACUUUGAUGAAUAUGGUGAUUUUGUAAAUUUUUAUGAUUUGAUCACAUGGGAAAAAGAUGGAGACCACAGAAGCUUUCUCAGGAUUGGGAAUUACAGUGUCCUUAAUAAAGAAAUUAAACUCGAUAUUAAAAAUUUCACCUGGCUUUCAACAGGCAAUACCACGAUCCCUCAGUGUAGAUGCUCAGCGCCCUGCGCCCCUGGCUGGGUAAAGAAGAUCUUGAAUGUAUCCUGCUGUUACAACUGCACCCUGUGUGCAGAAGGGACCUAUUCAGAUGACUAUGAUCUCCAUAUCUGCAAAAAGUGUCCAAAUGGAACCUGGUCUCUCAAGGGUUGGACUCAGUGCAAGCCAAGAUCGGAGUCCUACAUGCGAUGGAGUGAUCCUCAUCCCAUCGCCAUGAUGGCUGCUGCAGGCUUUGGCAUCUUGCUCUUGAUAGUGAUCUUCAUUAUCUUUUUGGUGUACAAAAAGUCCUCACCCAUGAAAAGAGCGGAGGUGAGAUUGUCCUGUGUGAUGAUGGCUGGUCUGUCAGUGAGCUUCGCAAGUGUGAUAUGUUUCAUGGGCAAGCCCAGUGUACAUCUCUGCCGGGCCCGCCAGGUAAUGUAUGCCAUGGGCUUCACCCUGUGUGUCUCCUGCAUCAUAGUCAAGGCCUUUCGUACCAUUCUGGCUUUCCUUCCGUUUGGUCAGCUGACGAACCAAGGACUACACAAACUUUACCGACCACCUGUAAUUGUCAUCGUCAUAACCUCUCUCCAGGGGAUCAUCUGUCUUCUCUGGCUGAUCUUUGAUUCUCCUGAUAUUGAUGACACACCUCCAUCCCCACAAAGCAUGAAGAAACUAAUGCAGUGUAGUGAAGGUGCCACAUACAUAGGUUUUGGCAUUAUGUUGAGCUACAUAGCUCUCCUAGCAUUUGUUGGCUUCCUGCUGGCCGUCAAAGGCAGGAAGGUUCCUCAGGAGUUUAGCGAAACAGGCUACAUCAUUUUUAGCAUGCUGAUGUACUUGUUUGUAUGGGUAUGUUUUGUCCCAGUCUAUAUCACCAACAGUGAACAAGGCACUUCUGUGCAGGCUUCAGCCAUUCUAGUGUCUAGCUAUGGCAUCAUCUUCUGCCAUUUCUUACCCAAGUGCCACGAAGCACUUUGGGGGUCAAACACAGAUACACUGGAGAAGAUUCUGAGGAGAUGGCAAGUCUUCUCCAGCCCAAAUGUCGAUUUGGAGACAGAUACAGAUAUCUCUGGAAACACUACACACCCAAAAAAGAAUGAGAGGUUUUCCAUAGCAAGUACAACAACUAUACUAGGCGAGGACAGCCCCGUUUCGGUGCCGGUUGACAUGCCUAUGUCCAAACCUAUCCAUGCCUACCAUCUGCCUGAUAGGUUAGGAACAAAACUAACACAGAGACGUAGGAGUGUGUCCUGCUAA